AAAGGCAAAAGAGGGAAUCAGAAAAGAGAUUAGUGUCACAAAUCGAAGAACUUGAGAUUAAGUUAAAAGAAAGGGAUCGUAGAGAAGCGGAAUGGUAUCGGAGCAGGAAUGAAGCUAAUGCUAUUAUCGAUGACCUAAGAUCAAAAAUCAAUGAUUUGAGUUACGAAAAAGAUUUUAUUGAAAAUAAAUUGAUAAGUCUCCAACAGGACUUUGACCGUUCACAACAAGAAGUCAAAACCCAUAGCAGAAUGAAAAAAAGUACCGACAACUUGAUAGCAAUGUUUCAGCAAAAAACCGAAGAGACUAUUAAAGAGAUGAAAUUAAAGUUAGAUGAAAAAACAAGAGAAUGUGAUGAGUCAGCGAUACUCGUGGAAGUUCUCAAGGAGCAGCUUAACGACAUCAAUAAAGAACUAUCAGACUUGCGCGUACAAUUUUCGGACAUUGAAUUGGAAUAUAAUGAAUCCAAAGAACAUUGUGAGGAUUUAAAAAGUUUGUUAGGCGACAAACAAAAUAUUAUUUCCAGGUUGGAGCAACAACUGGAUCGUAUCAAGGCUGAUGGUGAAGAAUACGAAUCGAAUUACGAGAAAGAUACACGGGAUUUGAAAAAGCGACUAACUCUCGAUAGGGAGCAGGCAUUGGCGUCUCUUCGUACCAAGUUAGAAACUUUGCAUCAGAAAGAAUUGCAAGACCUCAAGGUGCAACACGAACAAGAAUUGGCUUCACUUCGUACUAAAUUGGAAGCUUCUCAUCAGAAGGAAUUGCAGGAUUUCAAGGAGCGUCAUGAGAAUGAUCGUGAACAAUCAUUGAUUUCGCUUCGCGCCGAAAUCGAAUUACCUUAUAAGGAAGAAAUGAAAGUUCAAAAAGAACGUUAUGAGAAAGACCUCGUACGCGAAUUGACCUUGCUUCGGGGUGAAUUGGAGUCGAAACACCAGAAAGAGUUAAAAUCCAUCCGGGAAUUGCAAGAUAAAGAUCGGGAACAAGCAAUAAAUUUAGUUCGCGCUCAGUUUGAAGAUUCACACAAAAAGAAAUUACAAGAUAUUAAGGAACGAAAUGAUGCAGAGCGUGACCAAUUAAUGAUUUCGUUUCGCAAAGAAUUAGAAGCUUCUCAUGAAAUGAAAUUGCAAGAGCAUGCUGAUAGACUGAGACGUGAAUACGAAACGAAGAUUUCAAACUUGAAUUCUCGGUAUGAGGAUCUUUCGCUUAGAAGUGCAAGAAAUUCAGAAAGCUCGAAAGAACUCGAAGAGGCUGAGUCUAAAUAUGCGAAGUUGAAUUCAGAGUAUCUUCAAUUGCUUGAUAUCAAUAAACAAUUAUCUGAUAAGAUGGAUGAUCUCAAUGUGAAAGUAAAGGAACUCGAACUGAAAAACAGUGAGAUCCAAGAGAGUGCUAUUGCAAUUACGUCCGAAAAAGAGCGAGCAAAGGAUGAGUUACUAAAGGUUCAGGAAGAAUUAAAACAGCUUAAAGAAAAAAGCUUGGUGGCCGAUUCUGAUCUUAAAGAGUUAGAGGCGGAACGUGAUAAACUCGCAGGAUUAAUUUCGAUCAUGAAGGAGGUGUGGGAAGAUAAGUACCAGGAACUUCAAAAUAGGUAUGUGGAAUUACAAUCACAGAAAGAACAAUUGAGCGUCGAGCUCUCUAAUGUUAAAACGGAAAUGGACGAUAAGUUAAAGGAAUAUGAGGCUGCUAUUAACAACGCUUCGGAACUUGAGAAGGAACGAGAGACAUUAUCAAAGCUCUUAGAAGAGCAUCAGAAUGGAAUGCGCACUUGUAUGGCUGAACUAGCUGCAGAACGAGAAACAUGGCGUCAAAGGGAAGAAGAUCUCAUUUCAGUUUACGAGGGCGAAUUUAAGGAAAAAAAUUCCGAACUUCAAGAAAAUAUUGUGAGCUUGGAGGCUUAUAUAAAUGUCUUGAAAGAACAAUCACAUUCUACAGAACUCGAUAUGCAAAAUAGACUCGAUAAAUCUAAUGCUGAAAUUGAAGAGUUGCGAAAGAAGUUGCAAGAAAAAGGAUGGGUUCAGCCAAAUCUUACUAAUUUGUCGGGCGAAUCAGCAACCUCUGCAUCUACAAUCGAAUUUCUCACGAGAAAAGUUGAGGAAUAUGAAAUAGAUAGAGAAAAUCUUGAAGCUCAAAUCGAAUCCCUCAAUAAUAAAUUUUCUGAUAUGGUUCGAGAACGUGAUGCUAUUAUGAAAUCUUUUGAGGAGUCCACCAUUCGAAUGGAAAAAACUGUCCAAGGCCAUCGACAACGAAUAGAAGAUAUGAAAAAAACACACGAAGAAGAGAAGGAGGAAAUUUUAUAUCUCCAUCAAACCUCUAUUAAAUCUCUUAAGGAAAAGCACGAAGAAGAAUUUACACAGCAUUCUGUGGAAAUGCAAUCCCAGAUAGAAUCUCUCGAAAGACGGGUUCGUGAGUUGAUGUCAAUUCCUACCAAUGCAAAUGAAUCGGAUCCGAAAGUUAUUUUGAUGAAACAAAAUAUAGAAAAUUUGGGGAAACAAUUGAAGGUGUCAAAGGAAGAAUGUGAAAUGUUGAUUCAAAAAGUGCUCAAUUUCCAAAAUAAGUUUUCAGAUGCAACAUAUGAGAAAGAAAUUUUGAUCAGAGAAAAGAGUGAAUUAAGCAAAAAGCUGAAAUCGAUGGAAGCGGAAAACAUUGGAUUACACGAGAGAAUAAAAUCUUUGGAGGCGGAAUCGGAAGAGAUCCUGACCAAAAAUAUUGACUUUAUAACGCAGAUGAGUAAAUACGGAGCACAGUAA